GCUCAUCCAAACUCUCCAGCUGCAACAGUGAGCAGGACCAUUGCGCGCACACACACACACACACACACACACACACACACACACACACACACACACACGCUCUACAAGCUGACUGCUUUAGUGCUCCCCCUUUUUUUUUCUUUUUUUUUUUUUUUAAUUAAUGGCAGACAUGGAUCCAAUCGAAGGAGUUUGUGCAGACAGCCCCCAGGGCUCACUCUCAGCUGACAAGGAGAAGAGCCACGGCUAUAAAUCCAUUGUGGGCUUUUUCUGCCUUUUCCCGCUGGUGGCUUUGUUGGCUGCGGUUGGCGAUCCCUUUGGAGUUGCUGCUCAGAGAAGUCAGGAAGACGCCACGUUGCCUCUUUUUGGCGGGUGGAGGGCCCCGGAUCCUCCCGGCUCAGCUCUCCCACCCCACCCUGCUGUGCGGAGACGACGCUACACCCUCACGCCAGGGCACCUCAAGUGGGACCACUUCAACCUGACAUACAAAAUCCUGUCCUUCCCUCGCAACCUCAUCAACAGGAGUGACACGCGCAAGGGGCUGGCGGCUGCUUUCCGCAUGUGGAGCGAGGUGACCCCGUUCAGCUUCAAGGAGGUGUCACCGCGCACAGCCAGCGACCUGAAGAUAGGUUUCUACUCCAUCAAUCAUACCGACUGCCUGCAGUCACUCAUCCAUCACUGCUUUGACGGGACCACAGGAGAGCUUGCCCACGCUUUCUUCCCACCUAACGGAGAAAUCCAUUUUGAUGACCAUGAAUACUGGAUAUUAGGAAACACACGGUUCAGCUGGAAAAAGGGUGUAUGGCUUACGGACCUGGUACAUGUUGCAGCUCAUGAAAUCGGACAUGCCCUGGGGCUCAUGCACUCCCUCAACACAGAUGCCCUGAUGCACCUCAAUGCUACUUUGACUGGGAAAAAGAUCAUCUCCCAGGAUGAAAUCUGGGGCAUGCACAGGCUCUACGGCUGCAAAGACAGACUAUUUGUGUGUCCAGCGUGGGCUAAGAAAGGCUUCUGCAAGACCCGUCAGAAGAUGAUGAAGAAGCACUGUCCAUCCAGCUGUGAUUUCUGCUAUGAAUUCCCUUUCCCAACAGUAGCUGCAACUCCUCCUCCACCUAGAACGAAAACCAAGGUCGUUCCCGAAGGCAGAAAUGUCACCUUCCGAUGCGGACAAAAGAUUAUUCAUAAAAAAGGCAAAGUGUACUGGUAUAAAGACAAGGAGCUUCUGGAGUACUCUUAUCCAGGUUACUUAUCCUUAAAUGAUGAUCAUAUGAGCAUUAUUGCCAAUGCAAUCAAUGAAGGGACCUACUCCUGCAUAGUAAAGAAAAAGGAAAGGAUCUUGACUACCUACUCCUGGAGAAUCAGGGUUAAGCAAUAACAAGGACUUUGAUUACUGCUAGUUCUGUUCCAAAUGAAAAUCUCAUCCGCUUUGGCAUUGUACACCUGGCCUUCCGCAGUGCGACUGAACCAGUCAAUCAGCUGCUAUCAUCACUGGGGCAAGACAAACAGAUCUGGGACUUGGUAUUGGAAAAAAAAUACUCUCUGGCAGGAGUGUAAACAGAAGGAAUUCAUCUAGUGCCAGCUUGAUGACAAAACUUGAGCAGUCAGACCUGGCGCCCACAUGACCUUGUCAGUGUGGAUUACUGCAAAACCGCCAACCAAACCUUCGCUGACAACAGAUCAGCAGCCUGAUGCUCAAGUGCGUGGCAAUACUUGUACAUGUUUUGGAAACAAAGGGACUGAUUUGUGCUCCAGCGAGUGUCCUGAUGUCAAGCAACUUCCCUUUGUAUUUAAAACUGCUCACUGCAAUCCCAGUCAGAGGCAUUAGAGAGGUUUUUAACAAGAGCCAGAUCCUUGGCUGCUUUUUCCAUAUAUGUGCGUCAUAUCAAUGCUGGAGUAGCAAGAGCGGCAAGAUCAGGUUCAAGAACAGCUUUUCAUAUUAACUCUUGUGACUCCAAGUAUUAAAUGACUAACGCAGCCAGGCUACCCAUUUUUUGCUCCUCUACAGUCCCCUAUGCUUUGCAUUCAUUCCUCAGAUGCCAUUUCCCUCCAGCUGCAGCAUCCAUCCUCCUUUCAUCAGAUAACUUGUCCCCCACAAACUUUGUCAACAAGUCAUGGGCAUACUUCCCUAGUAUUUUGCCUAGAUCAAGUGAUUGAGUGAAGUCCCACAAAAAAAAAAAAAAGAAAGAAAGAAAAAGUCCUACCAGGGAAAGAAGGGGGCAGUGUUACUCAUGGGCAAAACUAAUUUUUCUUUAUUGCAUGCAUCAUUUGAAUCUCUUCAAGUUCAGGAGUUUAGAGUAUGUCAUUUGACAGUGAAGUCCAAUCUCAGCCUCGCUCCAUUUGUUUGGACAGGAACUAAGCUACUCCAGCACUAGCCAAAGGUCUGGCUCAGAAAGCAAGCCCUGUCAUGACCAUUGCUCCCUCCGCAUACAGCAAGACCCAGGAACCCUUCUUACGCCAUUGCAAUACCUGGCACAACUGGUUUGGAGAGGACGGGGAGUGUUCCUACAGGCAAACUAAUCCUUUGUAGAAGCAAGAGUUAGAAAAGCUCUGUCGGGUCCUGCCGUCCAUCACCUCUGCCAGUGCAGGGUUUGGCCACUGCAACAACCUAGUGAACUGACUCAAGAAUUGGACUUUCCAUCCACUUCCCUUGGCCAUUCCAACGUCAAAUAGAUCUUGCUGUUAAAACAUUUUUUCCCCAGAUAUGCGGCCUAAAUUUUCCUGUGUUCAGUUUCACCCUUUUGUAUCUACUUCUCCCCCCUUCACCUUUGAGAUACUGCCAGAUCUUCCUCACUCUCCAUGCUCUACAGACUGGAAAAGGACUCUCCCACACCUUGGCAACAUCCAAGUGAGGACUUCAGCAGUACGGGAAUAUCCAUAUGCUGCUAUGACCAAGGGCUCCCACAGGCUCUCUCGGCAAAGCUGUGCUUUGUACCGGGAGAGCAAAACUACUUACAAGAGAAACAAGUUUUCCAGUAUAAGCAGUGUUCCUGUUGUGACUGUGAUUGCCCAUGGCUGGCUCAGGCUCCAGGCAGGUCCCUGCCACCCACCACGGAGCCCAGGCUGCUCACAGCAGGUGGCAGGGAGGCUGCAAGCUGCUGCACCAAGGUCUGACCCAGCUUUUUGCUGGAGGUAGGUGCACAUGCACCUCUGGGUGGGCAGCAGGGAGGGGGCUGGGGAUGCACUGCCACAACAAGGACUGUGCCCCUUGCAGCUCCCCGCUCUCUGCCCCUGGUACACCAACAUCUUACAAGUCGAGGCUGGGGUGUUUUUGACAUGCUACCCAAAAUAACGUUGCUGACCCAUCUUAAUCUUUCUCAAGUCAGUUCCGUCACUUUUUUCUUCUCUACGGUCUCAUAGGUUGAUGGCAAGGCCAUCAGCUACCUCAGCCAAGUGCCGCAACGCUUUUGUAUCUUCAACCCACACUGAGAUUUACACUUAAAGCAGAACUGCAAGUCCCACAUCUCACUCCGCUCUUCUCCAUUAUUUUGCAGCGGGGAUCUAGAAAUGGUGCAAGCUGGCUCCCACCAUGCAUGUUGUCUAUCACCACUGUCUGCAGUAGGCUGGGUGAGGCAUUGCUGUUUUCCCAGCAGCUGCUCACUGCCCACGUGGUUUUCAUUUACAUUUUCUUAAGACCCCUUAAGGUCCAGUUUGACCCGGGUCAACCUCCUUUCUUCUUCCUUGUCCAUAUUUUAGAUGGCUCCAGCUCCAUUUCUCUCUCUGCCUGCCCUCACUGGUGUCUGUGAUACCUCCCAAGAUAAAAAAAUCAUGCUCUCAUUUAAUAUACAAGAUGGUUCAGCCUCUUUUUCUUGAUUAUGAAUAAAGGUAAUAAACAAAACACUG